CAGAGAAGCCUAAAUGUACUUGUCAACCAGGGGCAGCAUGUGAAUGUAAAGAAGGAAAAGAAGGUUGCCGAUGUCUCAUAUGUCAGUGCCAGCCUGGUGCCCUGUGCAAAUGUAAAAACGGAAAGCCAUCCUGUCUUUGCGAACCGGAUAAACUGUGUCGCUGUGAAGCUGGAAAGGAAGGAUGCAAAUGUCCACUUGAUGUUGUUUGCAAUUGUAAACCACCUUGCACCUGCGAAUCAGGGACGGCUUGCCAAUGCCCGCAAGGUAAACAAGGAUGCAAAUGUCAUAUAUGCACCUGCGAACCAGGUUCAGUGUGUAGAUGUAAAGGUGGAAAACCAAUCUGUAAGUGUGAUCCGAAAGCAAUUUGCAGCUGCCAAGCAGGAAAAGAAGGUUGUCAAUGCAAAGUUGAUGCAGCUUGCCAAUGUAAGGUUUUAUGUUCUUGUGAGCCGAACACGGUUUGUCAAUGUCAACCGGGCAAAGAAGGAUGCCAAUGUUUGCCCCCUCCUGAAGAGCAUGCCCAUGAGUGCACAUGCAAACCUGGGGAGCCUUGUACUUGCAACACUGAAGCGGAAAAGCCUAAAUGUACUUGUCAACCGGGGGCCCCCUGUGAGUGCAAAGAGGGUAAAGAAGGAUGCAAAUGUCUCAUUUGUCAGUGUCAACCUGGAGCUCUCUGCAAAUGUAGAAAUGGGAAAACGGCAUGUCUAUGCGAGCCUGACAAGCUCUGUCGCUGUCAAGCUGGAAAGGAAGGAUGCAAAUGUGUAUUGGACGCCAUCUGUAACUGCAAACCGCAAUGUAGUUGCGAGCCCGGAACGGCUUGUCAAUGUACUGAGGGCAAGGAAGGUUGCAAAUGUCAUAUAUGCACUUGCGAACCGGGCAAAGUGUGUAAAUGUAAAGGUGGCAAACCAACUUGUAAAUGUGAUCCGAAAGCAAUCUGCAGCUGCCAGGCAGGAAAGGAAGGAUGCCAAUGUAAACUUGACUGUGUUUGUCAAUGUAAAGUCCUAUGUACAUGUGAGCCAGGUACAAUUUGUCAAUGUAAAGGAGAUAAAGAAGGAUGUGAAUGUCCAAUAUGUUUGUGUCGACCAGGCACUAUAUGUGCAUGUAGGGGUGGUAAACCACCAUGCCUAUGCGAUCCUACCACCACGUGCCAGUGUAAAGCAGGAAAAGAAGGAUGUAAAUGUACUCCCGACAUAG